AUGGCUGCUAGGUUCUUUGCGAGGCGGACCCGCAAAGAAGCUUUGACCGCAGUGCAAUGGGAAGAACCAAGUCUGAAGCGCGAGUUUGAUGGACACAGGGAAGCGAUUUGGGAUUUUGUUUUCUUGUACGAUAACAUUCACAUCGUGAGUGGUUCAGUGGACGGCACUAUACGCAAGCGGAACUGCGACACGGAACUUGUUGUUGGGGAACCAUGGAAAGAAAGUGGAAAGGUCGAAGUAGGCCCAAUUAAAACGCAGCAGGGCGGCGUCUGCGCUCUUGUAUAUUCGCCUUUGGGUGAUCAGGCGGGGACAAUACAAUUUGUAUCUGGGAUACCAGGACCGGCGAGCUUGUCGUUGGCCCCAUUAAAGGCCCGGGGAAGUUUUAUGUGCCGUCGUUGCUAUGGGACACAGUCCAACCAGCCACUCGGAAAGCCAUUUCACCAGAAUCGCGACACUCUUUGCUAUGUGUCGUUCUCCCGAGACGGGAGCCAUCUAGCAUAUAGCGGAGAUGACGGGAAAGUUGAUGCUACAGGUGGUGGUGGCUUCACUGAGGAGGCGGAUGAUGAUCCAUACAACAACUUCUUCCAGACGAGCCCGUUCCACAAGAACGCUCCAAACGUGGUUUUUUCAGUCGUCGCGUUCGCUCGGACUCGUCCCUGGAGCUCGCAACCACGAAACCCAAACCAGUGCCAGAAGGUGAAGUGGAAGAAUGCGAAAGGCGAACAAGGUCAACAUAUUGAUGAUGGCUGUCCACAGUUCACUGUGCCCGCCGAAAGGAAACCAUGCCAAGGAUGUUAUCUUGGUAUCGCAACGCCAUUCCAACCCGGGGCAGUAUUCACACACGGACGUUGGCUCCAUCUUGAUGCCUCACAAACCUCGCCGUUCAGUCCUCGCUUCUACUUGCAACAAUCAUACAUUUAA